AUGCGCCGUCGUGGCAGCCACAGCUCGCACCAAGAAACAUCGCACCAUCGCCCGCAGCACAACAACCAACACAACCGCCAUGCCUCGGCUGAGAAAGGCGCAUUGCAGGGGCCGCCCAAGCUGGGAAACCAAUUCGUGGCCGACAUUGCUCUCAGGCGUGUGCUCGCUCUCUACAUCGCCCCCGAAAUCAACGGGCCUCUCUACCAUGACCUCGCGGUUCUGGGCGACGCGGUGGUUGGUACUCCGAUGCUGCGCUACCUCGAAGAUGCGGAGCGGAAUCCCUCGAAAUUGGUGUCGACACCGCCCGACGCGUUUGGACAGCACACCGAAAACACCGAACUGCGUACCUCUGAAGGUUGGAGGAGGCUACUCGAGAUCGGCGCGAAGGAAGGAUGUGUCGCCGAGGGAUACGGAGGAGAGCUGGGUCGCAUCGGACAGUUUGCACGCUACUACAUCUUCUGCCCGUCGUCAGCCCUCGUGACCUGUCCCUUCGCCAUGUCCGACGGCGCCGCCCGCCUGCUCCAACGUCAUCUGGUGUCGCCCCGGCCCGCUCCGCAGACGCAAGCGCUCGACUUCACCGCCGUCACAUUGACCGAGGACGAACGCGAGGCCGAGACUUCACGACGUGUUUUCAAGCGCGCUUACAACCGCCUCAUCUCGCGGUUCCCCAACAUCCGCUGGACCAGCGGCCAAUGGAUGACGGAACGUCCGGGCGGGCAGCAGGACGCGCGUACCGAGACCACAGCAGCCUACAAGCCUUUCUCGGGGCCGAUGGCUGACAGGCCGGAGCAGGAGAUGGGACCGUGGGUCGUCAAUGGUCACAAGUUCUUUUCGUCGGCUACCGACUCGGACAUGACGAUUCUCCUUGCCCGCACCGAGGGCAGCAAAAAGCUGUCGGCUUUCUAUGCGCCGAUGAAGACGCCCAGCGGCGACAACAACGGUGUUAAGAUCACUCGACUGACGCCUAAGGCGGGAACCCGAGCGUUGCCCUCGGCGGAGAUUGAGCUCAAGGGCAUGCGCGCCUGGUUGAUCGGUCAGGAGGGUGAUGGUAUCCGUGAGAUUUCCACCAUCCUGGGCAUCACACGUGUGCACAACUCUGUUUGUGCCGUGAGCUUCAUGCGACGAGCGCUUUCGGUUGCUAAGGCAUACUCGCAAGUCCGCCAAAUCUCUGGUGGGCGCCUCCUCCGCACGACGCCUAUGCACAUCCGCACGCUCGCGCACAUGGAGUUGUUGACGCGCGCGGCCACGCAUCUCGCCUUCUUGAACGUGUACCUCCUCUCGCUCUCGGAGAAUGCAGCCACCACGCCCGUCUCCUCGAUCUACGUCCCUCCACAAUCGGCACACAAGCUCCUGCGGUUACUGACGCCGCUCACCAAAGCGGUGACCACCAAGCUGUCCAUCUCCGUCCUCUCGGAGACGGUCGAAGCGCUCGGCGGAAUCGGGCUCCUCGAGAACGAAGAGCCAUUGAACCUAGCGCGGCUCCUGCGCGACGCGCAAGUCCUCUCUGUGUGGGAGGGCACCACGGACGUGCUCAUCACGGACCUGGUUAUGUCACUGAAGCGCCCGUCCCCCGAUGGGCGCGAAGAGCGCACAUACGCGCUGAUGGGCGAGUUCCUGCGCGAGAACCUCGGCGAGCAGUCGGGCGGCUUCCAGGGCGACGCCGGUGACGUCCUCGAGCGCUGCAAGCUCGCCAUCUGGACCGAGUGGGAGGCGCUCGAGCACCUGAUCGAGGGCGGCAGCCGCGAGGAGCUCGUUGGUGCCGGCAGGCGCAUCCUGUGGAGACUCGCCUGGGUCGUUGUGGGCACUAUGCUGCUUGUUGACGCGAGACGCGAUGGCGAUGGCGCAGCUGUGGAGGCGGCGAGACGCUGGGUUACGGAGCGCGCAGGGCUUGUUGAUGGGAAGAUCGGUGGUGCCACGGAGAAGGAGAGCGCCUGGGACGCUGUGCUCGUCUUUGGCGCGGAGGAUAAGGCCGAGAGGGAGAGGGAGAGGAGCGGGCAUAGGCUGUAA